AUGUCAUCUGGAGUUGCUGGUUGUACUCAAGUCACUUCACAUAGUGUAGAGGGUCGCAUGGAGGCUCAAGUACAGCUCAUGAAGAGUCAAAUUGACUUCCUACAUGAUGCUUUGGCUGAGGUUAAGAAGGCAAACCGAGACUUGUCUCAAUUGCUUUCAAAUCAGCAAGAUAAAGCUAUGAGCAUAGAGAAUUUGUUUGUGUUGCUUAACAUAGAGAAAGAGAGUGAGAAAAUAGCCUUAGCUAUAGGUUGUUUUCGUUCUAAUGCUUUGAAUUGGUGGAAGCUAGUUUCAAAUAUCUAUUCGCAUUAUUGGUAUCAUAAUUUGGAUGAUUGGCAUGACUUGAGAAAUGCUUUGCGAGAAAGAUAUGCUGGUACUAACACCUUUGAUGAAGCAAAAGUGAAGUUGCUCAAUUGUAAGCAGAAUGGUAGAUCCAUUCAAUCUUACUUUGAGGAAUUAGAAGGGUUGUUUCUGAGUUCAGAAGUGGAUGAGAACGACUACAUGUUGACAGACCGUUUCCACUAUGGCUUGGACAAGUGGUUCAAACAACACCCAAAGAUAAGGAGACAAUCAAGGCUCUAUGAGGCAUACUAUGCUGCCUUAGAAGUGGAAAGAGGGCAUGAUACUUCUUGUGGUUGGAAUGGCCCAAUUGAGGAUCAGGGGGCCAAUCAAGGAAGAAAGGAUGGAUCUUGUGAUGAGAAUCAUGUAGCCUUCCACGGAGGUUCUCCUAGUGAGGGGAAUGAGUUAGUCCUUCAUUCUAGAUUUGGAAUGCCAAGUUUACUUUGCAGGCCAAUCAUGGAAGAAAGGAUGGAUCUUGACUACCUAUGUGAUAGGGAGUUGGUUCAAGAGAGCUAUGAUCAAGGUGAUGAGAAUGUCAUUAACUUUGGGGUGCAAACCAAAGGAGAUGAAGAUCUCAUGGAAAUAAGUGCUGAAGAGUAUCAAGAGAGUUUGACUCUGUGUGCUCCAUGA